GCAGAGGGGUGGCCUUGCUCUCCUGUACCCAGCACUUGGCAGUUGGGUGUGUUGUUGCAGAUCGGACUUUUACUUCAACACAGAGAGUGAUGCUGCUUUCUGUAAAUCAUUUUAUUUUCUUUAGGGAAAGGAAUCUUAGUUCCCCAAAUGCUUUGUGAUGCCCUUCCCGAAAAGUCUUUCCAUUGACUGAGUUGGCCUAAAGGUUAUAAGCCAUAAUCAAUACUAAAGCUGGUGGCUGCAAGGGUGCUAAUUGAUAACCCUUAACAGGAACAGUGCCAGCAAUCAAUAGAGAAGACACAGCAUAGGUAGAUUUACAGCUUUGAUUUUGAAAGGGUUCGGGAAUGCCCAGUGAUGCUCUCCCGUGCACUCCCUUUGAAUGUUAAUGUUUUCUUGAAGACAGUUUCAGACUCACGGAGAGGAUACUGCCUCUACUCACUGAAGCAGAAUCCUCGGAAGAGUUGCUGAGGCAGAACUGAAAUCAUGGCUUGCCUCAAAGAAGCAGCUGUAUUGGCUGCUAAUGACGCCUCACACAGAAAGACGAUGCUCCUUUAACUCGAGGUUUUAAUGGGAAGUUUCUAAGCCUGAGAGACAACAGCUUUAGAGCUGGGGUGUGCCAUCAGCUGCUGCUGCUACCUCUCUGUCUCCUGCUUGAACUCAGCCUGGCCGGGGAAGAAUGGAAACCAGACAGGCUUUUAACUACCUGUAACUGUUUCACCAGGAGAUGAAGCAAGCGGUUGCCCAGCCAGACCCAGCAAACACAAUUGGACCUGGCAGAGAGAGGACACAGAUGCUCUGCGUGAUGGGGAAAUCCCACCAGGGCCAGACGCUGCUAUAACUCAGCCCCUCCAGGGAGCAACCAUGAUCUCUGCAAACUGAUGAUGGAAGAAAGGGGAACCAGAAGAUACUGUGCUCUGGAUUCCCAGGACAAUGGAUGGAGGACAGCCUGUCCCUUCACCCCUGGUACCCCUUGGGAACGGAUCAGAUUAUAGCAUGUCUCUGGAACAGAAAACAACAUUUGUUUUUGUGAUUCUGUUGUUCAUCUUUUUGGGCAUCCUCAUUGUCAGGUGCUUCCGGAUUCUUCUAGACCCAUAUCGGAGCAUGCCAACCUCAACCUGGGCUGACGGGCUUGAAGGUCUAGAGAAAGGGCAGUUUGACCAUGCCCUUGCUUAAUGGGGGCGUAGCAGGCUGCCCUCCCAAGGAGGCAAAGGGCUUAAUGUCUGAGCAAAGCUUCCUCUUUGUUGAAUGUUCUUAACAAAUGUAAUUUUAACCAUAACUGGCCCAAGGACAAUGCCCCAUUAUUUCAUAAACAUGCUAUUAUGUUAAAAGUGUCUUGAGGACAAUGGAAAGUUUAUAUCUCUAGACCCCAAGGAGGAAAGUGCAAACAUUUGUGUUUAUUCAAUAAAUGAAUAUUGUUGAAGAUAUUGUAAAACCAAGCACACCAACACUUAUGUAGAUUUCACUGUCAAAUGAAGCAUUGUCUGCUCAGAACAGAUAAUAAACCCGUGUAGAGACAAUGUUAAGGGGCUACAUAUUUCUUGCAAAGCAGGGAACACUAAGAAGUGGUGGUAGGGUUAGGAAAAAUAGUUAUUUACUUGGUAACUCUGGAUGAGAAUGCUAUCAUUUUUAAUUUUUAAAUAAUGUUAAACUCAAAGUUCACAGAGUUUUGAAACUACCAGUCCUAAUCCAAUCUCUGUAUGCCUAUAGCUAACACAUUUAAAUGCACUGAUGUAUAAUUUGAAUCUAUUGUACUUCCGUUCCUGAUGGAACUAAUGGGUUACAAGCACAACUUCAAGGUUAUAUUUUGAAAGAAAGAUGAUUGCUUAGCAAGAAGACUAUGGCUGGAAGAGGAUUAUGCAUUUUUAUGUGCAUAUAGUUACCAAAUAAAAAAUUUCAAGAUGCA